AGCCAUUCUGUUUGACAUCGAUACUUUUAUUCGUAAACACACAUUUUCAAGAUGGCAGACAAAAUGUCAGAGCAAAAAUUGAAGAAGCUGAUGAAGAAAAAAAUGAAAAAGAAGCAAAAAAUGUUAGAAAUACAGAGUACACAGUUCAAAAAAGUUCCAAGUCAAGUCAGUACACAACACCAGAUGUUGACUCCAGGACAACAGCCAAAUAAACGAAAACUGGAGGAAAACAAUGUCACAGACACAGUGAGUAAAAAGAAAGCACGACUUGAAAAGAAGAAAAAGAAGAAGCAGAAGUUACAACAGUUACACACUCAACAAGAACUGGAGGCCCAGGUCCUAGCAAAUAAACAUGCUGAUGAAAGUGAUGAAAAUGAUGAUGAUGAUGGUAGUGAAAGUGAAGACACUGAGAGUAGUGCAAACAUACAGAAAAUAUCCAUAAAACAGAAACACAAGCCUUCAGUAAAAGAAAAUGGUGACAAAUCUGCAGAGGACAACAGUGGAGAUGAUGAGGAGGAAGAUGAUGAAGGCAUGAAGCCUAUCAAGACAUCUGACAACCAUUCAAGUGAAGAUGAUGGUGAGGAGGAUGCUGAAGAAGAGAAUGAAAAUGAGGACGAUACAACCAUUACGCCACCAAAAGAACAGAAAUUGCCGGGCAGCUCCCUGGGUGCGACCAUCAUGACUGACAAGUCGUUUUCUGCUCUGGAGGGUAAGGUGUCCUCCAGUACACUGGACGCUAUCAAGGACAUGGGCUUCACACAUAUGACUGAGAUCCAGUCCAUGGCCAUACCACACCUCCUGGAGGGCAGAGACUUGAUGGGUGCAGCCAAGACUGGAAGUGGGAAGACUCUGGCCUUCCUCAUCCCAGCAGUGGAGCUGCUUUACAAACUGAAAUUCAUGCCCAGAAAUGGUACUGGUGUGAUCAUCAUCUCACCCACCCGUGAGCUGUCCAUGCAGACAUUUGGUGUUCUGAAGGAGCUGCUGGCCCACCACUGUCACACGUACGGGCUGGUCAUGGGGGGCACUAACAGACAGGAGGAGGCCAAGAAACUUGUCAAGGGAGUCAACAUCCUUGUUGCCACACCCGGCAGACUGCUGGACCAUCUACAGAACACACCUGACUUCAUGUUCAAGAACCUGCAGUGCCUGAUCAUAGACGAGGCUGAUCGCAUACUGGACAUCGGCUUUGAGGAGGAGAUGAAACAGAUCAUUAAACUUCUACCUAAGAGGCGCCAGACGAUGCUGUUCUCGGCCACUCAGACUCGUAAGAUUGAGGAUCUGGCGAGGAUUUCCCUCAAGAAGGAGCCUCUGUAUGUGGGGGUAGACGACACUAAGGAACUUGCCACUGUGGAGGGGCUUGAACAGGGCUAUGUUGUGUGUCCGUCCGAGAAGAGAUUUCUGCUGCUGUUCACUUUCCUGAAGAAGAACCGAAAGAAGAAGAUGAUGGUGUUCAUGAGCUCCUGUAUGGCAGUCAAAUACUACCAUGAACUACUCAACUACAUAGACCUGCCUGUCAUGUGUAUACAUGGCAAGCAGAAGCAGAACAAGCGAACACAGACGUUCUUCCAGUUCUGUAACGCUAAGGAAGCCAUCUUGCUGUGUACGGACGUGGCAGCCCGUGGACUGGACAUCCCUGCUGUAGACUGGAUCGUGCAGGUCGACCCACCUGAUGACCCCAAGGAGUACAUCCACCGUGUGGGUCGGACUGCCAGAGGGGAGGGAGGGGUAGGCCACGCCCUGCUGAUACUGCGCCCGGAGGAGCUGGGCUUCCUGCGCUUCCUCAAGCAGGCCAAGGUGCCCCUCAACGAGUUUGAGUUCUCCUGGAGCAAGGUGUCUGACAUACAGCUACAGCUGGAGAAGUUAAUAGAGAAGAACUACUUCCUCAACCGGUCAGCCCAGGAGGCCUACAAGGGCUACAUACGAGCCUACGCCUCACACAGCCUCAAGAACAUCUUUGAUGUGAACACCCUUGACCUUCAGAAGGUGGCGCUGUCUUUCGGUUUCAAGAUCCCGCCAUAUGUAGACCUCAAUGUGCACGGGAGCAAGGGCGGGGCCCACAAGGGUCGGCACGGAGGCCAGGGCGCAGGCUAUACCAGGAACAAGCAGCAGUUCAAGUCUAAGAUCUUCAAGCAAGUCUCCAGCAAAAAAUUCAAGGGAGAUAACAGACAGUUCACGCGAUGAUUGUGUGGUGUUGGUGGAAGCUUUUAAAAUUUCAUCUUUAUAUACCAUGGUGUAGCAUGUUGUAAAAAUAAAGUGUACAUUUGAAA